CAGCAGGGGAGAAGAGAAGCCCCUCCACCACGUCCACCAUGUCUCAAAGCGGGCCACUGGACACUGCGAUGGCCACCGAUGGUCUCCAGCUCACCACCGUCACCACCACCCCGACCUCCACACCUCUGACUGAGACUACUGUGACAACCGUGACCACCCCCUCGAGGAUUGUCUUGGUAACAGCCCUGCCGACUACCACCCCGCCAACCACCACCACCAGCACCACCACCACUACUCCAGCUCCAACCACUACCACAACAACUGCUACUACUACUACGACUACAACUACAACUACAACGCCUCCUCCCACCACAGUGUUUACAACCACGUCCACCACCACCACCACCACCACUACUCCUCCUCCUACUACUACUACUACCACCACCAGUGCUCCAACUACAACGAGGAGUACGACUGUUAGGAGCACCUCAGGACCUACCUCUGGUGAUGCCUUCACUGAAGCUGAAACCAUCUUCACCUCUGCCAAUGCACCUCUACCUUGCAACAUCACUGAGAGGAUGUUGGUUAAAACAGUUUUGUCCAUUCAGAUGAAUGAAAACCGUCUGGAGCGUACCACGAAGCUGAACCUGGUGAAGGGACUCUCCAAGGCUCUCCAGAAAGCCCUUAAUGACAGCGGCGUUCGAGUGCAGAUUGAGAAGGAGCUAACCACCCCCUCCAACGUGACUCUGGGCUACUACGUUGCGAGUGGCAAGACUGUGUACAUAGCCUCGGUGGUAGUGGACGCCCUGAACGCGUACGGCUUCGACAAGCUGCUGUUGGACGUGCGGCAGCAGGAGCCUGCUGUGGAGGGUAUGCUGGUCCCGGGGGACCCCUGGAUGGACAGCCCAGGAGUGCAUCUCCAGCUCAGGACCGUGCUGAGGUUCGUCAGCUCGGCGGACAACAUUAGGUCCUGCAGCUUCUCCCAGAUGAUGGAGCAGCGUCUGGAGAGCGCCCUGGCGGAGGCCCAAGACAAAGUCGACAACACCUACGGCUCCCUCACAGUGGAGAUCCAGGGUGUGUACCAGGCGGAGGGCUCCCCCUCUGUGUACCUCAUCUAUGCGGUGCGGAACGGCUCCACCCUCCUCAAUGGCACCGCCUCCAGCGCCCUCCUCACCCAGCUCACCGCCGAGGUGGUGGGCUACUUCCUCCUCUUCCCACCCCUCAUCAUCGCAGAGCCACUGGAGUACCACAACCUGAACACCUCGAUUGCGACCAGAGAGUACUGGGUCAUCACAGUGAUUCAGGACGUGGACAGCUCCACUCUGGAGGCCAGCUACCAGAGCUUCUCCAGCCUGAUGGAGCAGCGGCUGGCUGAGCUCUUCCAGGUGGCCAGCAGGCAUGGCCUCCGCUCCAGACGGGCCGCCACCAUCGGAGGAUACACUGUCCAGAUGGUGAACAUACGGCGUCUCCCUGGCCCUAAGAACCCCGCGGAGAUGACCUACUACGUCCAGUCGGAGGGCGUGCCUAUCUCCGGCACCACCGCCGCCAAGACGCUCAACACCGUGGACUCCCAGACCAUGGCCCUCACCCUGGGAUACUUCGUACAGCUGCAGGCAGACCCCGUGGUGAAGAGUCUGCCUAGUAACCUAUGGAUCAUGGCGGUGUUGACUCCGGUCUCCUUGGUGAUAGUGCUGAUCAUCAUGGCGGUCGCGCUCGUGUGCCGCAGGAACCGCUCUGUCUUCAAGACCAGCGCCUUCCGCAGCUUCCACCCAAGAAGCAAGACAUCAUACCGGAGGGACGGCAGCUAUCACCAUCAGCCCGUGCAGGGUUUCGACUACGCCAAGAAGCACAUGGGUCGCCCGGGAGAAGAGGCGGCCAUUUCCGUAACCAAGGAAACGCUGGUGCUGUCUCUGCCGGUCCGGGAUGCGCCCCUGUCGCAGGCCGGGGACCGAGCGGGACGCGACCACCAGGACCUCACCACCACCUCCAUCUCCAAGAGGCCACAGUCCACAGAGAUGCAGAGGAGGUUGCCAAGCGAGGACGGCUCGGUCUCCAGCAACGAGUCCGGGAAGCUGAACACGGGCAGGAGCUCCUCAGCGCGCAGGCCGGCGGCUUCCAAGGGCAGCAAGGCCGAAACACACACCAGGACCGAGCACUAUGACUCCUUGACCGGCUCGUUGAGGCUCAUCUCCAUCAAGCCCAUGGCAGCCCCGCCCACCUUCUCCUACUCGGCCUCGUCCAAUCCCAGCCAGGACUCCGUGCUGCUCAACGGCGCCCCCAACAUGGGCCUAAAGCAGAAGUCGGAUAUCGAGCACUACCGCAACAAGCUGCGGCUGAAGGCCAAGAGGAAAGGCUACAGCGACGCGGGCGUGAGCACCAGCAGCAGCAGUGGGGGCAGCGGACACGCCGUCUACAGCCACCGCGACCGCGACCGGGACAGGGACAGAGAACGAGACCGGGACAGGGGCCGGCUGAGGAGGGACAACGGGCCUCUGGACCUGGAGGAUGCGCUGGGUCCCGCUGACGAGAGGAACCCGUCCACCUUCAUGAAGUAUCGCAGGAGUGACUCCCACACCAGGGAGCCAUCGUACUGGAGCAGGCAGUCUCUGAACAGCCCGAGCCCUGUGGAGACGGAGAUGGACCUGCUGGUGAUGAGGGAGAGGUCUAGGAGGGGCAUCCGCAACAGCGGCUACGAUGGCGAGCCGGAGCCGUUUGAGGAGACGGACGUGGACCGGCUGAUGAGCUCUCUGGGCUUUGGUGGCGUCGUUGGCGGAGUUGGAGUUGGGGGCGUGAGCGUGGGGGUGGGGGGCGUGGGUGUUGGCGGUGGCAAGGGCCACUCGGACUCCUCCACGCUGAGCUCACAGCCCUCCAUUGACGAGGUGCGGCAGCAGAUGCACCUGCUCCUGGACAGCGCCUUCGGUCUGGCGCCCUCCGAGGCCCCACCCACCCCUAAUGGCCACCACCACCACCAUCACCACCGCCACUUACCGCACCACCCGCCCCCGCAGCCCCCGCCCCAGCACAGCUCCUACGGGGCCCACCAUCACCAUAGCAACCCGUACGGGGACGGGGUGACCAGCGCGCCGGGCACCAUGAACCACCCGGUGGCGCCGCUGCAGAGGGGCACGUCCUUCCCAGAGCCACCCGAGAUGCACCAGUGCAGCCUGCCCAAACCAGGCUUCAGGUUUACCCAGCUCCCUGACAUCGGCCUGGGCUCGCCGCCUCCGCUCAUCCCCCCGAGGCCCGGGCCUCCUCCUGGGACAUCCAUGAGGCGCUCCACUCCCGACGUGAGCCUGAAGCCGCGCGUGUCGGAGGCGUCGGAGCUGCAGAGUCAGCACAGCGGCGCCCCCUACCUGCCACUCAACAGAGCACCCUUCCCUGCUGUCACUGUGGACCAGUCCUUGACAAGCUACUCAGGAAACCCAAUGACGGCAGUCUAUGCCAUAUCUGCCAAUCGGCCCGGCUACUCCGACUACUUUGUGGUGCCGCCCUCGUCGUCCUACCGGAGCCCCUCCUGGAUGUCCUACCCCCCAGAGCCAGAAGACCUCCCGCACCAGUGGAACGACACAGUCAAGAACCAGUGUCACCUGGAGACCAUCUGCUGAAGUGUGUUGGUCGGCAGCACAGACAGGACAUAAUAACACACCUGGGGUUUAUACAAAACUCUACAAGGCCUCCCUCCAUUCAAAGGGCCCCAGGACCACCUCUCUCUCUCUCUCUCUCUCUCUCUCUCUCUCUCUCUCUCUCUCUCUCUCCAUGGUAUCUCCCGUCCAGAAGAGCCUUGUAGGACACACAGAUGAAGCCAUGUCCCAGCCUCCACCUGGGCUACCUGUCAAGGCUGUUCUACAACUGCCUGGCCAGGCCAAACUCUACUUUCUUUUCUGAUUUGCUUUCCCCUCUCCUUUUUUAUUUCAGCUUUAUCGAUGAUUUGAAUAACUGAUAUAAAAAACUGUGCGUAG